AUGGCUACGCCCAAAAUCAAAUUCCAGACAUCAGCCCUAAUACACCUACUCGGCAAUGAGGCUGUGAUAACAUACCACCUUCUAAAAUCCAACCUCGGGGCAGGAGUUCUUCUAUACUUAUCCGCCGCUUGCAUUCGGCUACUACCACCACCGGAUUUCUCAGCGUUCACUGUUGUCGCCAAAAUCUUCUGCAUCUCAUUGAGCCACCAAUACUGCUGGGACAUCGUUAACCAGCUUACCUCGGUUGAUGAAGACCGAAUCAACAAGCCUAAAAGGCCCAUCCCAGCCGGCCGUCUCACUGUAAUAGGAGCCAAAUGGAGAUGGUUUAUCAGUUGGACUAUAUCUCCUGCUAUCUGCUACACCCUUCUUGGCGGCGAAGCCUUGGUCAUAUUUCUCUUGUCUGAAGCCUUGAUUUACAUAUGCUACGUAUGGCCCAGACUUGAUCACUGGGCAUCCCGCAAUACCUUCCCAGCCCUUUGGACAUUCCUCUCAUUCCGCCUUUUGAACAGUGUCGUCUGCAAAACCUACCCACAACUAUCAGCACAGCCAAAGGUGGAUGUGAUUCUCUCGCUAUGGGUCCUCGGAACUAUUCAUAUUCAGGAGUUUCAUGAUAUCGAUGGCGAUCGGAAGAUAAAGCGCAGAACACUUCCUGUGCUUUGUUCAAGUGCUUCUUCUAUGAAGAUGCUGAGGGGCAUCACAGCUGGCCUGAUUGCUGCUAGCGGGUUGGUUGUGGUCCUGUGGGGAUGGAUACAGUGCCUUGGGCCUUCCGACUUGCGGAGUUUUGGCCUGGUGAUUACGGGAAUAUUCCAUCUUCUCGGUGCGUUGGCGGUUGGUGUUCGUUGUGUUUUUGCGACGUCGGUGGGUAUGGAUGAGAGAACGUAUAAAGUGUAUUAUAUCUUGACAGCGUACUGGCUUGUGUACUUCUUAUCGCUGGUCAAUAAGUAA